AUGUGUGCGCAUAUGAAUGAACCGAAAUGCCUAGUUAAUUCAAGAUCAGGAAGUCGUUUUCCGAUUGGAGGCUGUUUGGUUAGUCGACAACCAUCAACUCUGCCGAAGUUCGAAUUAUCAAGAACUCUUUCAAAUAAAGAAUUGCCUUCAUCAGUUGAUCUUCGACAACUAAUGACGCCUGUUGUCAGCCAAGGUGAUCUUAAUUCAUGUGUUGCCAAUGCACUAGCAGGUUCAUAUGAAUUUUUGAUAAUGAAAAAUACAAAAAAAGCUCUUAACAUUAGUCGUCUUUUUAUAUACUACAACGCUCGAAUGAUAGAUAGUCCAAAUGCCUAUAAACUGGAGGAUAGUGGUACCUCUAUAAUUAGUGCAGUUAUGGCUUUAAAACGUUUUGGCUGCUGCAAAGAAGAAAUGCUCCCACACACCUCGGCAAAUCUGAAUAAGAGACCACCGGAACACUGCUUUAUAGAAGCUGCAAAAUAUAAAAUCAAAAAGGCUAUGAGAGUAGAUGUCAAUUUUAAUGAAAUGAAAGGAUGCCUAGCGGAGGGUUUCCCAUUUAUAUUCGGUAUUAAAACGUUUCAAUCGUUUGAGCAAGCAGAAGAUAACGGACGCGUCCUCAUCCCAGAUCUAUAUCGCGAAAAACUGAACGAUGAUCAUGGAGUGCAUGCGAUGUUGGCAGUGGGAUACAGUGACGCAUCAAGAUGUUUCAUUGUUCGGAACUCAUGGGGUCAGCAGUGGGGUGACAAUGGCUAUUGCUACAUACCGUAUGAGUAUAUGUGUAACACAAAGCUAUGUCUAGAAGCACAUACAAUCCAACUAGUCGAUAACGACUCGGCUCGUCGUCCAACUACAGAUGUUGUGAAUCCAUACGAUUGGAACGAUGAUAAGAAUAAGCCAUAUUACAUUCCACCGAACUAUCCUUAUCAAGAUUUCGAUUUCACAUUUUUCUGGAAAUUAAAUGAUACUUUCGACUACUUUUCUAACUUGUGGAAUCAAGGAAAAACACCUCCUCCUGUAAAGGACUCAUUGCCGACUGACGAUGUCAUCAGGCCCGAUCGUACACCAGUAUUGCCAAAGAAUGAAGUUCAAAUGUCGUUUAUUCUUUGGAUAGAUAAACACAACAGUGAAAAUACUCAUAUAGAGCAACGAUUGACGAUUGACAGGGAUGCUAAAGUCGAUUUCUGUGAAACAUAUUCAAAAGGAGAAGCACAUAUCUCAAGACUGAGAGAAAGGAUUAGAUCAUCAUCUACUUUCCAAGUAAUUUGUCGUGGGUACUAUAGAGACGAAAACAAAAAUCCACUUAAUCUAUUACAAUUUCUCAACGAUAAUGGUUUAAGCCAUAUUCCUGUAAUUGUGUUUACUCAGGACAAAUCUAGUUUAAUGAAUCAUUUGCAAAGACAAGCACCAGCGAUGGGUUUACAUGAUUGGCAGCAACGUUUGUUUAUUACCAAUAGUUCUGAGGAGUUGACCGCAAAAGCCAUAGAUAGAAAAAAUAAUAAGCGCCGUCGCUAG